GGACACACUGCGGGCGCGGCUUCACCGGUCCACGACAGCGGCCUCUACUCACCGCGGCGGCAGCAUUUACGCUCCCGGAGCCGCCGAUGUGCUUCCAGUGAUCCGGACAGCAAGGCCCUCGCGAGGCGGGGGCGGCGGCAGACGCCUGGCCACCGUGACCCCGGUUUUGGAUUUACCGCUCGGGGGGUGGGGGGAGCCUGGAUUUAACUGGGCGGCUGUUUUGGGGGACGCCGGACGCCAUGUUGUGGAAAAUAACCGAUAAUGUCAAGUAUGAAGAGGACUGCGAGGAUCGCCACGACGCGAGCAGCAAUGGGAACCCGCGCAUCCCGCACCUCUCCUCGGCCGGGCAGCAUCUGUACAGCCCCGCGCCGCCCCUCUCCCAUACCGGAGUCGCCGAGUACCAGCCACCACCCUAUUUUCCACCGCCCUACCAGCAGCUGGCUUAUUCGCAGUCGGCGGAUCCCUACUCGCACCUGGGAGAAGCUUACGCCGCCGCCAUCAACCCUCUGCACCAGCCGGCGCCCACUGGCAGCCAGCAGCAGGCCUGGCCCGGCCGCCAGAGCCAGGAGGGGACCGGCCUGCCCUCGCACCACGGCCGCCCGGCCGGCCUGCUGCCGCACCUCUCCGGGCUGGAGGCGGGUGCCGUGAGCGGGCGCAGGGAUGCCUACCGCCGCUCCGAUCUGCUGCUGCCCCACGCGCACGCCCUGGACGCCGCGGGCCUGGCGGAGAACCUGGGGCUGCACGACAUGGCGCACCAGAUGGAGGAGGUGCAGAAUGUCGACGAGCAGCACCUGCUUCUGCACGAUCAGACUGUCAUUCGCAAAGGUCCCAUUUCCAUGACCAAGAACCCCCUGAGCCUUCCGUGUCAAAAGGAGCUGGUGGGAGCUGUGAUGAAUCCCAGCGAGGUCUUCUGCUCUGUCCCUGGAAGACUGUCCCUUCUUAGCUCCACGUCUAAAUAUAAAGUGACGGUGGCUGAAGUGCAGAGGCGACUGUCACCACCUGAAUGCUUAAAUGCCUCCUUACUGGGAGGUGUUCUCAGAAGAGCCAAAUCCAAAAAUGGAGGUCGGUCUUUGCGGGAGAAAUUGGACAAGAUUGGGUUGAACCUUCCGGCCGGGAGACGGAAAGCUGCUCACGUGACCCUCCUAACAUCUUUGGUGGAAGGGGAAGCUGUUCAUCUGGCUCGGGACUUUGCAUACGUCUGCGAAGCUGAAUUUCCUAGCAAGCCAGUAGCAGAAUAUUUAACCAGACCUCAUCUUGGAGGACGGAAUGAGAUGGCCUCCAGGAAGAAUAUGUUGCUGGCAGCACAGCAAGUGUGUAAAGAAUUCACAGACCUCCUCAACCAAGACAGAACACCCAAUGGGAACAGCAGGCCCACCCCCGUCUUGGAGACGAACAUACAGAACUGCUUGUCUCAUUUCAGCCUAAUUACACAUGGCUUUGGCAGCCAGGCCAUCUGUGCCGCAGUGUCCGCCGUGCAGAACUACAUCAAAGAAGCCCUGAUCGCCAUUGACAAAUCCUACAUGAACCCCGGAGACCAGAGUCCUGCCGACUCCAACAAGACGCUAGAGAAAAUGGAAAAGCACAGGAAGUGA